CGUCUUUGUUUGUUUCGCUCAUUUCAGCCUUUUGAUUUGUCGCUGGGUAUUAGAUCUGGCAAUUGAAGGGGGUAGAUGGUGCAUCUUACGUCGCUCGUUGCCUUCCACACUCGGAUCGCAAGGUCCGGAGCUGUAGGACGAAGCUUAACAUGCUAUAACCUGACCGCCACCCACACUUCCGCGACCUGCAUAGCCUCUGUCCGUAGCAAACAGCUGCACUCACUUCGCCCACUUAGCAGCCAACCCGUGCUGCCUGAAUUCUCUCCGAAAUCCUCUGCUCUCGCACGAACUUCACCUUCGGACUCUAGCCAGCCGCUCCGUGGCCUUCGAAACCUAAAACUCACUCCGCGCACACAGCUCAGAUCUUGCAGUUAUCAACGACACAACAUGUGCCGACAUUCGCUUGGAGCAGAUGUUGCGGAAUCUGCAGUCGAUGUGACCAAAGGUCGCGAAGUGCUGCCGACCAACGUGAAGCCUCUUCACUAUCGGCUGACGCUGGAGCCAAAUCUCGAAUCCUUCGAGUACAAGGGCACCGUCGAAAUCGACUUGGAUGUCAAAGAAGACAGCACGUCGAUCUCGCUCAACACAAUCGACAUCGACAUCAAGUCCACCAAAGUCCUUAGCGGCGGGACCGUCGUCGAGUCCGCUCCCUCACUCACGUACGAUGCCGACACGCAAACCACGAAAGUGGAGUUGAAGUCUACGCUGCCAGCUGGCAGCAAGGCGACCUUGGUGCACGAGUUCACCGGUACGCUGAACGACAACAUGGCGGGCUUUUAUCGCUCGUCUUACAAGAGCGCGGACGGCACCACGACCAAGUAUCUGGCCACCACGCAGAUGGAACCCACAGAUGCGCGACGGGCGUUCCCGUGCUUUGACGAGCCAGCGCUGAAGGCGAAGUUCACGAUCACGCUGAUUGCGGAUAAAGAGCUGACGUGUCUGAGCAACAUGGAUGCUGUGUCGGAGAAGGAAGUGGAUGCGUACUACGGCGGUGGGAAGAAAAAGGCCGUGACUUUCCGCGAGACGCCUCUCAUGUCGACAUACCUGCUGGCAUUCAUCGUCGGCGAGCUCAAUGUGAUUGAGACGAACGAGUUCAGGAUACCGGUACGUGUCUUCGCCACUCCGGACAAGGACAUCGAGCACGGCCGCUUCUCGCUUGACCUGGCGGCGAAGACGCUCAAGUUCUACGAGGAGAAGUUUGACAGCCAGUUCCCAUUGCCUAAGAUGGACAUGGUAGCCAUCCCUGACUUCAGCGCUGGAGCCAUGGAGAACUGGGGUCUCGUCACCUACCGUGUCGUAGACCUGCUGUUCGACGAGAAGACGAGCGGAGCAUCCACCAAGCAGCGGGUUGCCGAAGUCGUCCAGCACGAACUCGCACACCAGUGGUUUGGUAACUUGGUCACGAUGGACUUCUGGGAGGGCUUGUGGUUGAACGAGGGCUUUGCAACUUGGAUGUCGUGGUACUCAUGCAAUGCCUUCUACCCAGAGUGGAAGGUCUGGCAGGGCUAUGUGACGGACAAUCUACAGAGCGCACUCGCGCUGGAUUCGCUCCGGAGCAGUCAUCCAAUUGAAGUGCCUGUGAAGCGAGCGGACGAGAUCAAUCAGAUCUUUGACGCCAUCUCUUACUCCAAAGGCUCUUGUGUCCUCCGUAUGGUCUCAAAAUACCUAGGUGAACAGACGUUCAUGGAGGGCAUCCGACGGUAUCUGAAGAAGCACGCGUAUGGAAACACUCAGACCAGUGACCUGUGGGCCGCGUUGGCAGAUGCCAGCGGCAAGGACGUCAAGAAGAUAAUGGAGAUCUGGACCAAGAACGUGGGAUAUCCGGUCGUCAGUGUGACCGAAGAUGCGGCCAAGAGCUUGAUCCACGUCAAGCAAAACCGCUUUUUGCGCACGGCAGACGUCACGCCCGAGGAGGACAAAACUCUGUACCCUGUGUUCCUCAGUCUACGGACUAGGGAUGGUAUCGACGAGGACUUGACUCUGUCGACACGCGAAGAAAGCUUCAAGAUCAAGGACAUGGACUUUUUCAAGCUGAACGCUGAUCACUCAGGCAUCUACCGGACAUCGUACACUUCCGAGCGCUUGAUGAAGCUUGGCGAGGCGGCCAAGCAAGGCCUUCUCAGCGUGGAAGAUCGCGCCGGCAUGAUUGCAGACGCCGGCGCUCUGGCUGCAUCCGGCUAUCAGAAGACGUCCGGUUUGCUCUCGCUGCUGAAAGGCUUCAAGACCGAGACCGAGUUCGUGGUUUGGGACGAACUUCUGGCGCGCAUCGGCGCUUUGCGAGGCGCCUGGGUCUUCGAAGACGAGAAGGUCAAGGCUGCGCUCAAGAAGAUGCAGCUUGAGCUGGUCGCUGACAAGGCGCACGAGCUCGGCUGGGAAUUCAAGGACACAGAUGGCCAUAUCGAACAGCAGUUCAAGUCGCUGCUGUUUGGCUCGGCAGGCUUGGCAGGUGACGAGAAGAUCAAGGCGGCUGCGUUUGAGAUGUUGAACAAGUUCAAGCAAGGCGACAAGACGGCAAUCCAUCCCAACAUCAGGAGCAGCGUAUACUCCAUUUGCUUGGCGUACGGUGGCGAGGCCGAGUACGACGUUGUUCUGGACGCGUACUUGAACGGCGCUACCGCGGACGAGCGCAACACCGCUCUGCGCGCUCUCGGCCGCGCCAAGUCUUCCGAGCUCAUCAAGAAGACGCUCACGCUCCCACUGUCGGAGCACGUCAAGGGUCAAGAUAUCUACCUGCCGCUCGGUGGUCUGCGCACGCACCGCGACGGCAUCGUCGCCCUCUGGUCCUGGAUGAAGGACAACUGGGACGAGCUGGAGAAGAAGCUGCCGCCAGGCCUGAGCAUGCUGGGCAGCGUGGUGAGCAUCUGCACGAGCAGCUUCACACGCGAGGAUCAGGCGGAAGAGGUGAAGAAGUUCUUUGGCGCUCGGAAGACCAAGGGCUUCGAUCAGAGUUUGGCACAGAGCAUGGACGCGGUGAAGGCCAAGGCAAAGUGGGUUGAGAGGGAUGCGAAGGACGUCGAGACGUGGUUGGCGAAGGGAGGCUACCUGUGAGGGACACGGGACUUUUUUUUUUUCUUUGCUUGCAUACAAGAGGCUGGUUACGGUGCAAAAGAGGCGAGACCUUGGCAUGUUCGGUGUACAUCUAGCAUAAGACGCAGUGGCAAGCUGGCAGCACGAGACGAGGGAUGCGGAUGUCUCCGCUCGACCCGCGCUCGUCAGCACGCCGUUCCCGACGCAAAUUAGGCCGCGCCGGAAAUCCAGAUGUUGCUAUCCAGACA